UAUAUAAACUUUUCAAAAAUUGUCUGGAUUUUAAACUUUUUAAACCAUGGAGACUUUCGCAAAACCGCAAAUAAUUUGUCACAACGAAAAAACUUUAGAUUAUGCAAUUCACGACGUAAAAUGGAUACCGUGUUCUGCUAAAUUCGUUGCCGUAGGAGGGAAAUCUAACGGAGCAGGCAUCGCCGAAAUUUACUCAAUAUCAAGCGACGGUGUUCAAAAAUUGGACGAAUUCUUCCGCAAAGAUUAUUUUAAAUGUUGUACUUUCGAUGCUUCCAGUUUGAGAAACAGACAUUUAGCUACGGGCGAUUUUUCUGGUAGAUUACAAGUGUGGGACCUGGAGGAUACUUUGUUGCCAGUAUACCAGACUUCUGUUCAUACAGCCGUAAUAAACUCUAUAGAUGGUGUUGCAGGACAAAGUGCCAAUUGCGGAGCGCCAGAAAUAGUAACAGGAUCUCGAGAUGGAUGCGUAAUGGUUUGGGAUGUGCGUCAGAAAGAUGUGCCUGUGGCCAAAUUCACCCCUCUCGAAGGGCAAGCUGGUAGGGAUUGUUGGUGUGUGGUCUUCGGCAAUUCUUACAACAACGAGGAAAGAAUUGUAGUAGCUGGUUAUGAUAACGGCGAUGUAAAGAUGUUCGAUCUGAAAACUAUGAGCGUCAGAUGGUCGAAAUGCCUAAAAAAUGGGGUGGUGAAUUUACAAUUCGACCGCAAAGAUAUCCCGAUGAAUAAACUCUUAGUGACGACGCUGGAAUCAAAAAUUUUCUGUUUCGAUGUACGUACUGAACAUCCCAAGAAGGGUUUUGCUCAUUUAACUGAAAAAGCUCACGAUUCUACCAUUUGGCAAGUGAAACAUCUGCCUCAAAACAGGGAGAUUUUCAUGACGACAGGCGGCUCUGGCAGCCUUUGUUUAUGGAAGUAUAAUUACCCUGCAAAAAGGGUUGAAGAAGACUCAGAUGGGAUACCUUACGGAGUAAUUGGAGAAUUGCAACAACUACAAAACGCUGUUCUAUCUAACCAGCCAAUAACAGCUUUUGAUUGGUGUGUCGAUAAGUUAGGGCUAUCUGUAUGCUCCGCCUACGAUCAAACUUUGAGAGUUCUCAUAACGACUAAACUGAAUUUAUAUUAAAACGUUUUUUAACCUUAAUUUAUUACAU